AUGAAGAAAGAGCAGGACAGAGGAAGUCGUCUCUUUCUUUUAAUAUCCUUUUUUGGAUAUAUAUAUAAAUAUGGUCCGAGUUCUAUUACCAUAAGAAUCCAUCUCGCGGCAUCAAAGUUUGUAAUCAAGGAUCUUUAAUUUCGAGGAGGCAAAAUGAUCAUAAAAAUUGUGGCUAUCCUAGCCGUCACUGCAGCAUGCUACGCCAUUCCUGUCGAAGAAGCAUUGAAACCAGUAAAUGCUGCGUUUAUAGCGAUGCCAGUGGAAGAAAAGGCUCCUUUGAAACAACCGGCUACAGUCGUAGUACCAACUGAUGACAAAGCUAAGGAAGACCUAAAAACAGACAAUAGUCUCUGGUGGAGCAGCUACUAUAAAUAUCCAGUGUAUUCCAAAUAUCAUUACGACACUUAUGACUACGAUUACAUUCCAAGAGUCAAGACAUACGAGUACAGUUACUAUGAGCCCUACACCUACUGGAGAUCUUACUGGUGACCUCUUCCAAAAUGACAACGACACGAGAUUUGAAAGUGAAAUCCUAAACAUAAAUACAAUUGUUAUAUGAA